AUGAAUUUACAAGCCUUUAUAUUCUGUGGUAAAGGUAACCAUUUGUCUCCUAUUGUUGAUCAACAUUUUGAGCAUCGUAGCACUCCUAAGGCUUUGUUACCAAUUGGUAAUAGGCCAAUGAUUGAGUAUGUCAUUGAUUGGUGUGACCAAGCCAAUUUUAAAGAAAUUAAUAUUGUUGCUCAAGUAGAUGAGAUUGAACAGAUUAAAGAAGGUUUGACUACUUUUUUAGAACUAAGAGAAAAACAAUUUGAAGCGUUAUCUAAAGUGUUGACUCAAAGUUAUCACACAAACCAUUUGCAUAAACCAAUUGUGAUUAAUUUCAUUUCAUCAAAAUGUAACAACACAGGUGAAAAAUUAACAAAAGAAUUAUUACCAAGAAUUACUAAUGAUUUUGUUUUAUUACCUUGUGAUUUUGUUACUGAUGUGCCUCCACAAAUAUUAUAUGAUCAUUUUUUGAAUAUGGAUGAUAAUAAUUUAGCAAUGUCUGUCUAUUAUAAUAAUCAAAUUGAAAAUAGUGACAGAAGACAUAUGGGUAAACAGUUUUUCACUGUUUAUUCAAAUAAUGAUGAUUUAUCAGAGAGAUCUGUUCUAUUAGAUAUUUAUUCAAAGGAAAAUGUUGCAAAAACAAAAUAUUUACAAAUUAGAAAUCAUAUGCUAUGGAGAUAUCCAAAUGCUACUGUCUCCACUAAAUUAUUAAAUUCGUUCAUUUAUUACUGUUCCUAUGAUUUGGUUAAAUUACUAAGGGACGAUAAAUCAACUGAUAGAAAUGAUAAUUCAAGUGAUGAAGAAUCAAUGGAAAUUGAUCUAACCGAAAUAAAGCCAAGUUAUUUUAAGAGAAAAAAUAAAUUGAUCAAAGAUACAAUAAAUUCCAACAAAUCAUUAGCAAAAGUUUUUAGAGAUCUAGCAAGACGUUCAUGGCAACAUGAAGAAAAAAGAAGUACAGUCGCUAUUUUCAUUUUACCUGAAGUAACAUCAUUUUACAGAGCUAAUAAUUUGAAUUCAUUCAUGGAAGCAAAUAGAUUCAUCUUGAAAAUUAAAGCUCAAAGUUUUUCUAAACAAGGUAAAACUGCACCAACUGCAUCAGUUAUUGGUAUUGACUCUAUUGUGGGCCAAGACUGUACCAUCUUAGAGAAGACUAAUAUCAAAAUGUCGGCCAUUGGUGAUGGAUGUAAAAUUGGUAAGCGUUGUCGGAUAGUUGGUUCCAUUAUAUUAUCAAAUGUCACGAUUGAAGAUGAUGUUACUCUAGAAAAUGUUAUUAUUGGUGAACAUGCCAAAAUUUCAAUUAAAAGUAAAUUGACAAAUUGUGAUGUUGAAGAACACUAUGUUGUUCCAAGUAGAAGUGUACUGAAAGGUGAAGUUUUGAGCCGUUCUGAAGGCAAUUCUGAUGUUGAAGCAAGCAGUAACGCGGCAGAAAGUACAACCGACGAUGAUGAAACGGAUGAAGAAACAGAUGAAUAUUAUGAUGAUGAAGAAUUUGAUGAUGAUGAUGGAUUAUUUGAACGUUAA